CGAAGCAUCUUUCUUUAUCGUCGAAUAAACCAUGUCGUACGAGCGAUACGGCAGGAUGCACUUGUGCCUCUGCCACACGAGGCACUCGAUCGUGUGCUCGAGCUCUAUACCCUCAUCCCGUGAACGUUUCAGGAAUAAAUUUCACAUUACAAAUUACCAAGAAAAAUUACUUCAUACCCAUAAUAAAAUAACACGACGCUCUCCUCACAGAAUCGCAUCGCUGCACAAAGAUAAAGCUCUCGCGAGGUUUAAUAUAACAUCAGCCCAGCAAAUAUUUAAUUCUCCUUCUGACCCGUAUAUCCUCUCUCUCACCGGGGGGUCGCGCCGUUUGCAAGUUUUUCUGCCCGCGCACCGAAAAAUUCGCUUUGUAAUUAAACCACAGUGUAAUCAAGCCGCGUAAAAUACUUAUGAAUUUUCCGCGCCGGAGCUUUAUUAAAGCUCGCGCAUAGUAGGCAACGGUGGCCGCGAAAAAAAUUGAGCGUGUAUAUCGGCACACGGCGCGUUAUCAAUUUUAACGAGGUGAAUCAUCAAAAGCUCCAGCUGCGCGAGUGCUCGACAUCAUCGCCACGGAAUGAUCGAUAGGGAGAGGACGUUUUUCGCGGUAUUAUUGGCUUUGCUGAUGUAUCCUAACGACAAUCUAGGCGGAGCUUUUCAGCCGGAAUUCGUGAAACCUCUCCAGAAUCUGACAAUCCCGCUCGGCAGGGACGCAGUUUUCACAUGUCACGUCGAGCACUUGGGAGGUUACAGGGUGGGUUGGGUAAAGGCUGACACAAAGGCGAUCCAGGCGAUCCACGAUCACGUGAUAACUCACAAUCCACGCGUCUCCGUGUCGCAUGGCGAUCAUUCGACCUGGAGCUUACGCAUCAAAGGCGCUCAGAAGGAGGACGAGGGUCUCUACAUGUGCCAGAUCAAUACCGAUCCUAUGAAGAGCCAGACGGGUAUGCUGUCAAUCGAAGUCCCACCAGACUUCAUACCCGAGGAGACGUCUGGAGACGUGACUGUUCCGGAAGGAUGGCAUGUGAAGCUGAAAUGUCGAGCGACCGGUAUACCUCCGCCGCAAAUCAGUUGGCGCAGAGAAGAUCAAAAGGAAAUUAUUAUUCGAGAGCCUUUCCACGAUAAAUCAACCAGCUCGAACGAAAAGAUCAAAGUGCACAAAGUCACCGAGUGGAUCGGCGAGGAGCUUCACCUGACCAAGAUCAAACGAGACCAGAUGGGAGUCUACCACUGCAUCGCCAGCAACCAAGUGCCUCCGAGCAUCAGCAAGCGCAUAAUCGUCGACGUUCACUUUCCGCCAGUGAUACACGUGCCGAAUCAACUGGUCGGCGCGCCUCUCGGGACGGACGUCGUGCUCGAAUGCAUCGUCGAGGCCUCUCCGCAAUCGAUCAACUUCUGGCUCAACAAUCAGGGCGUGAUGAUCAUAUCGAGCACGCGACACGACGUGCAGGUCGUGACGAAGGCCCCGACAAAGGGACACCACAGCGCGCACCCGAACUUCAAUUUCAAAGUCAAGAUGCUGCUGACGAUACGGAAUUUCACCAAGCAGGACGUCGGCACCUACAGGUGCACCGCCAAGAAUUCCAACGGCGAUUUCGAGAGCAGCAUUCGUCUCUAUGACAUAACGAGCGCGGUGAAACAAAAGCCGAUCUCCAGCGAGGUGUCCUUUUCCGAGAGCGGCUCCGAGUUCGAACACCACCACCACCACCAUCACCAGCAGCAGCACAUGGACGGGGAGCUCGUCGAACUGGACAACGACUCGCUGGACGAAACCGCGGAGAUCGAGCACGCGGAGAUGGGUAACCGACCGCUUUCGCUGGAUAACACGGUGCAGGGCCACGUAGGCUCGACCCAGUUCUCCACUCCCGUGACCGGGCUCAAACCGCGCGGCGGCAACAGACGAGCCAACGGUCAUCAACACUCAGCCAGCAGGACGUCGACGAGUCGGUCCUGCGGAGCUGCCACGACGCUGCUCGUCGGGACGCUACCGCUGCUGCUCUACUGCAGGUGAAAAUACCUGGCUGGACUUGGAUACGAUGUUUUGUUGACGGUGAGCCUGGUGCGCUGAGGUGAUGAUGUGUGUGGCUCUUCUUUAAGGCGAAGCUUUUCGGCGGGCUUAGCUUGGUUGGAUUUUUACUUGGGUAAUGUGUUAUUGAUGACUUGAUCGGUGUUGCCUGUGAUGAGAUUGUCGCGAGGAUUUGCGAGAGUUGGAACUCUUUUUAAAAUUGUUUUGUUAUUAACUGCGGACAAACGCAUUUGCUUAGAUCGGACUCUAUCCGGAGGCUUCGGAUCACUUGAGCGUGUAUUAGCCGUCUAUGCGUAACUCUAAUGAACGGCUACAGUCGACUCUUGUAAGAUAGCGGCUGAAUUAGAAUCUCAUUGUUUUCCCGGGCGUUUGACCAGAGUCGUCGCACCGAAGUGAAACGCUCUUUCAGGUGUCCAAACACGCUGUACCUUUACGUCGGGUCGGUUUAUAUUACGGCGAAGACUUUAUUAAACCGUCGUUUAAUCGAAUUACAAGGUUUUCUCUUAUAGUUUUUGUUGAUUAAAGGAGGAUAUUUUUUUUAGAAUCAAAAUAAUAAUAAAAGAAUCAUCAAAACCUGAUGAUUCUUUCAUUAAAUGUGUCGGUUAAUGUCGUCUGAUUGUAUCAAUUUUCAAACAUCAACGUCACACUCAAAUAACUACGACGUAUAAGUACUGCUCAUUAUCGUUAGAGAUAUUUUAUUCGUAUUUUUAAAAUAAAGUAGGUAUUACAUAUGGCCGAUUCGUGUUGCACACGCCACCAGCCAUCGUUGCAAUUUAUAGAAUUCAACUCUCCAACUCACUCGAUGUCACAUAGGUCUUCUAUAAUCGAAGUAGCGAAAUCGCAUUAGUCGAACUAGAACGAGUUUUUUACAAAUAGCCGUGUAAAUAUUACAUGCAACGGAUGAAAAAAGCUUCGCUUUAAAAAGUGUCGAUUGCGAACCAGCGCUGAUUUCGCGAUGCAUAGCAAGAUCCAAAAUGAUACAAGAAAAGUUAGUUGUACCCCAUGUGAGAAUGUGCGACACGAAUGUAUACACGUGUAGGUGUGUGUGUUGGGUUAGUACGCGAGAGAAACGAGCCAAAGAGGUGUCGUGCGCGAAUCAUGUGAUUCCAUAAUUUUUACGCGACAUUAAACGUGAGCUGUUCCCCCUUUUACUCCUGGAACGAAGGGAAAGGAAGCAGACGCAGAGGACACGCUUUCUUCCCUUCGAUUCCCGUUGCGCUGUUAAAUAUUGCACAUAAAGGUAUAUAAAUAUAUACAUAUAUAUAAAUAUAUUAUACGAAUGAAAAUAUAUAUAAAUAUAUACGGAAAAAAACACAUAUAUUAUACAGUAUCCUAGGCGUUCUAGAGGUGCGUAUACAUUAUACGAUCUAUAAGUUGUUCCUGCUUCCCUACAUAGUGCGUUACACUUGGCUUUUCGUUCGUUUUUUGUCUCUUCGAGAAAUGAUGUAUCGAUUGUUAUUACGCGCUUCGUAUAUUGAAAAUUCGACGUUAUAAGCGAGAGAGGAGAGGCCGACUAGGAGAUCGAAAAGAAGGAGGAGGAGGAGGAGGAGGAGGAGGAGGAGGAGGUGUACCUAUGAGCGAAUAUAAGGAAUAAGAAAAAUGAGGGGAAAAGAAACGCAUUUGUAACGAAGAAACGUCGCGCGCUCGCGCACACGGCUUAUCGAGAGGCGCUCGCGCUUUCGCGAGAAACUUCCGUUGCGCCGCGUUUUCCUGCUGCUGUUGCUGUAACGAUUGCCGGUGCGAUAAUAUGAGCAAGUGUACUUUAUGAUAUUAUACCGAGCUAUAGCAACGAACGCGACGAAGAAAAAAAAAUAAUGACAAAAAGCGCGUGGACGUGUAUGCGGGUGGAAGAAUGUAUAAGCGAAUGGUAUACGUGUAAGGCUUUGAUGGACAUUUUAGCGAUAGAAGACGUAUUAGUGUGUGCGUGCAGACGUGACCGUAAGCGCCUUUCGCUCCUUUGAUAUGCAAAUGUCGCUGAUGACUUAAAAAAAUACCGGGAUCUUCCGUUUAUUGACGCGGAGCUUGCGGGCUUGUACUGUAGGUGUUUGGAAGUAGGGCGAUCCGAUGGCUGAAACGAUCUCUGUACAACAUGUAUAGCAGUCGGAUCUAGAGGUAAGGCUAUAUACGUUUGAGUACAUUUUAGAAAUUCAAAGGACUCCUUGAUUGCGCGUGCUCGUCUGUCGCGUUAACUUAUUCGCCUUCAUUCGAAUGGUUCAAUCUUGGAUGAUCUGACUUUACCGCUUAUUCGGAUUUCAGAAUUAAUUUAUUUUGGCUAGAACUCAUUCGAUUAUUUUUCAGAUUAUUUUAUAAUUUUAUCGGAAAAGCGAAGUUUUGAAAACGAAAUAAACAUAGCGAUCGUUAGUCUCAAAGCAACGAAAGGCUUGAUCGUCAGAAGGCGAAUGAAUGCUGAGGAAGAAAAGAGCGCGGCGAUAAAUCUUGCGUAUGUACGACGUGUGUGUAUGCGUAUCUCGUGCAUGAUGCAUAAUCGAAUUGUUUGUUAUGUAAAGAAAAAAAAAUGCUAUAUAUAUAUAUAUAUAUAUAUAGACUGUAACAAUAAUAUUACAUUACAUUAACUGGCGAAUAACGAGAACAACGCAAACAUGGAAAAUACGAAAAUACCUACGGAACGGUGACAAAGGGCAAAAUAUAAUAUAGAAAAUAUACGGAGAAACGAGAGAAGAAAAACAAUGACGACAGAGAGUCGACGGCUACAGAGCAAUGCGUGCGCAUAUUGUGUAAAAAAAAGAGAGAGAAAGAGAGGAGAAAGAAUGGAGAAAUUUUUUUGUUGCCAAAUAAAGUUGCAAUCCGCAUGUACCAUACACGCACAAA